CCCAGCGUCGCGCCUGCCCACCGUCCGCUCCUCCUCCCUCCCGACCACAGUGACCUGCUGGCCCCCCCCAAGUGACGACGAGUUUGUUAGCGCAUGUCAUCGUGCUGCAUCACCCAGUUCCCCGUUCCACUCCAUCCACCCGCCAAGCGGUGCCUUGCCUUGUCUUGUUUAGCUCUUUUGUUUUUCUCUUUUCUCCUACGGAGGCCUCUUCUUUCUUGAUAUCCCCAUCUUUUGAGCCCCCCAUCCGUCAACUUUUCUCCUUGCAUUAUUGUUGUUGAGAUUUCUUUUUCAAGAGACGCGCCUUCCACGCGCGCAGAUCGACUUCACUUCUCUACGCUCCCUCAUUCGGUCAUGCAUUGCUCAAUCGAGUAACGCUCCCACCGCCAUUGUUUCUCCACAUCUUUUUACCUCCUCGCCUUCCAUGGCGGCGGAUCCUGAGGCCGUUGGUCAUGAGCCCUUGAGCUCCACACCCCCAUCCACCAGGGGUGAUGAUGAUGCGCCCAGCACGACGCAGGUGGGCACCGGGAGCAGUGCUGGUGGCAGCCCGGCACUUGCCGGCUUCCACAUUGACGUCGACGAUGCCCUCACGCCGGACCCCCGCACUGAGGACAUGUUUGUCGUCCGGGACAACAAAUUCGCCUACUCUCCCGGCCAGCUGUCCAAGCUUCUAAACCCAAAGAGCCUCAGCGCCUUCUACGCCCUCGGCGGUCUCGCUGGUCUGCAGAAGGGCUUGCGCACCAACCUCAACUCGGGCCUCAGCCAGGACGAGAGCACUCUCGACGGCGGUGUCGCCUUCGAGGAUGUCGCCCCCAAGGGCACCCCCAAGUACGGCGCCAACGGCAACACGGUCCCCGUUCCCAAGGACUCCAACUCGGCCUCGGUUCCACCGCCGCCCGAGCAUAUCGAGGCCGGCAGCGCCUUCGCAGACCGCAAGCGUGUCUUCAGAGACAACCGGUUACCCGAGAAGAAGAGCAAGACGCUUCUGCAGCUGGCGUGGAUUACCUACAACGACAAGGUGCUGAUCCUGCUUACCAUUGCCGCCAUCGUCUCGCUCGCUCUUGGCUUGUACCAGACUCUGGGCGUGGUCCACGGGCCCGAUGACGGCGCGAAAGUGGAGUGGGUCGAGGGCGUGGCCAUCAUGGCCGCCAUCGCCAUCGUGGUCGUGGUCGGCACGUUGAACGACUGGCAGAUGGAGCGCCAGUUCAACAAGCUCAACGAGAAGCACAACGACCGUACAGCCAAGGUGAUUCGCUCGGGCAAGUCGGUCGAGAUUUCUGUCUUCGACAUUAUGGUUGGUGACGUCAUGCAUCUCUUUGCCGGCGACCUGGUUCCCGUCGACGGUAUCUUCAUCAACGGCCAUGGUGUGAAGUGCGACGAGUCUUCGGCCACGGGCGAGUCUGAUCUUCUCAGGAAGGUCGCAGGCCACGAGGUUUUUGCUGCUCUGGACGAAGUUGCUAAAGGAGGGGCUGCCCGGUCUGACAUCGAGAAGCUUGACCCCUUUAUUAUCUCGGGGAGCAAAAUCAACGAGGGAACCGGAACCUUCUUGGUUACGGCCGUCGGUGUGAACUCGAGCUACGGGCGUAUCACCAUGGCUCUGCACACGCCGCAGGAGGAUACUCCGCUCCAGACGAAGCUCAACGGCCUUGCCGACAUGAUUGCCAAAGUCGGCGGUAGCGCUGCCCUGGUGCUCUUCAUUGUCCUCUUCAUCAAGUUUCUCGCGGGGCUUCCUAAUAACCAUGAAAAUCCUGACCAGAAAGGCCAGACGUUUUUGCGGAUAUUCAUCACAGCUGUUACCGUUGUUGUCGUCGCCGUACCGGAGGGCUUACCGCUCGCCGUGACUCUAGCUCUUGCAUUUGCAACCACUCGGAUGAUGAAGGAUAACAACUUGGUCCGUGUUCUCAAGGCCUGCGAGACGAUGGGCAACGCAACCACGAUUUGCUCCGACAAGACGGGGACACUCACGCAAAACAAGAUGACGGUGGUGGCUACGACGUUGGGCAAGUCUAUUAGUUUCGGUGGGACGGACGCUCCUCUGGACGAUGAAGCACCGAAGCUCGGCGAAACCUCAAAUGGUGCUUCCCCCGCGUCAACGAUUCCCAAUGUCUCCAUAACCGAAUUUGUCAAGAGUUUAAGCGAUACGUUCAAACGGCUGCUUGUCCAGUCCAAUUCAGUCAACUCCACAGCAUUCGAGGGCGACGUCGAGGGCGAACACACUUUUAUCGGGUCCAAAACCGAAGUCGCUCUGCUAACUCUGUGCCGCGAUAAUCUGGGAUCUGCUCCGGUUCAGGAGGAGCGGACCAACGCGAACGUGGUUCAGGUGGUUCCCUUUGACUCGGCCGUCAAAUACAUGGCUACCGUGGUCAAACUACCCAACGGGAAAUUCCGCGCCUACGUCAAGGGAGCAUCCGAAAUCCUGCUCGCGAAAUGCAGCAAGCUCGUAACCGAGCCCAGCAGUGAUGAGCUGAACACUGCUCCCCUUACCGACGAUGACCGCGAAAUGCUCUUGCAGACGAUUACAUCAUAUGCCGGACAGACACUUCGCACCAUUGGUUCUUCGUAUCGUGAUUUUGAGUCCUGGCCGCCGCCGGAGCUUGCCGGCUCGGGAGAGUUGACAGCUGCAGAGUUCAACAAGGUCCAUGAGGACAUGACGCUUGUGGCUAUCUUCGGUAUCAAAGAUCCCCUCAGGACUACAGUGAAGGCCGCCAUCAAGGAUUGCCAACGCGCCGGCGUCUAUGUCCGCAUGGUGACGGGAGAUAAUAUACUUACGGGCCGUGCCAUCGCCAGGGAAUGCGGUAUCUACCGGCCCGAGGACGGUGGCAUCGCCAUGGAAGGUCCCGUUUUCCGCCGCAAGACCGAAGAGGAACUCAAGGAGCUUGUGCCUCACUUGCAGGUGCUCGCCCGCUCCAGCCCUGAAGACAAGCGAAUCUUGGUGAGAAUUCUCAAGGAACUAGGCGAGACAGUGGCUGUUACCGGCGACGGUACCAACGACGCCCCAGCGCUGAAGAUGGCGGAUAUCGGCUUUGCCAUGGGAAUUGCAGGUACCGAGGUGGCCAAGGAAGCUGCGGCCAUCAUCCUGAUGGACGACAACUUUGCUUCUAUUGUUAAGGGUAUUAGCUGGGGCCGUGCCGUCAACGACGCCGUGAAGAAGUUCUUGCAGUUCCAACUUACUGUCAACGUUACUGCCGUUGUUCUCACUUUCAUUUCUGCCGUCGCAAACGGCGAGGGCGAGUCUGUGCUGAACGCCGUCCAGCUUCUCUGGGUCAACCUGAUCAUGGACACGUUCGCAGCACUUGCUCUGGCUACCGACCCUCCAACGGCCUCAAUUCUCGACCGGAAGCCAGACAGGAAGUCGGCACCAUUGAUUACAGUCAGGAUGACUAAAAUGAUUGUCGGUCAGGCCAUUUGCCAGCUGGUCAUUACAUUAGUCCUCAAUUUUGCCGGCCCUUCGCUGCUUGGUUACAACAUGUCAAACGAGGGGGAGGCUAUGCAUCUCACGACGCUGGUUUUCAACACGUUCGUCUGGCUGCAGAUUUUCAAUGAGCUGAAUAAUCGCCGCUUGGAUAACAAACUCAACAUUUUUGAAGGAAUCACCAAGAAUUACAUCUUCCUCCUCAUCAAUUUGAUCAUGAUAGGUGGCCAAGUUCUCAUUAUCUUCGUCGGCGGUCAGGCUUUCAAAAUCACACCACUAAACGGCAAGGAAUGGGGCUUGUCGAUCGCCCUCGGUGCCAUCUCCAUUCCGUUCGGUGCGCUGAUCAGGCUCAUGCCCGAUUCCUGGGCUGAGGCAUGUAUCCCUGAGCUGGCCUGGCUCAAGAGGUGGAAUGCGAAGCGGGACGAAAAGAAGCAACUGAAGAAGGACAAGAAGAAGGCUGAGAAGCAAGCCCGCGAUGCCGAGAAACAGCGAACGCUUGAAGACGCUGAGAGGGCGUCGUCUUCCGAUGAAUCAUUUGUUGCACCACCACCCUUGAGGGCGUUGACCUCGCUUCGUGGGAAGCGAGUCGAGACGCACAUCCGUCGCGGAUUCAGAGAGUACAUGCACGACAAGAAAGCCAGCGUCAAGCAAAAGUCGCACAAGGUCGUGCCGAGAUCGAAGACAGACGUACGUGGUGGGUCUCUGAAGAAGCCGACAUGACACGGUUUUCCAUUUUCUUUUGUCGUUUUGUACCGAGCUGCGUUUCUCUUCUUCGAGCGUCCUUAGAGGGUGGCUGUCUGUUUUCUCUUUCUGGCGCACAAACACUAUGCAACAUAUACCCCCUGGAAGAGAAAAUUCGGGCUCUUCUGUUGUUUCCAAACAUCACUUGUAACAUAGACCACUUAAUACCUACCAAAACCCCUUUUUUUAAUAAUUCAC